UUUUAUGUAGACUGUCAAAACAAAACACGAUUCUUUGAUGUGAAACCCAUUUUUAACCAGAUGAGAAUAUAAUUAUGUUUUCAGUAGAGAACGACUAGGCCUACAUAUAGUACUUUAAGCGAGAACGCUUGCAAAUUCGUACAACAAAAUGGUAUCGUUUUGUACAUUUCUCACUGGAUUCACGUCGAUUCUUAUAGUUUUUCUUGCAUUAGGGAUUUAUUUAGAAAAUGAAAUUGAGAUUGAUUACAGUGUUACUAUUAAAGGUGUCACAGCAAAGGAAGUGUAUGAAUAUAUGACAACAGAAAACAAUGUGAGAAACAUUCACAUCUACACGUUAAGAAUCAUCGCAAAGGACCAUAGACGACAUCAGGAUGGGUCUGAGAGUGUAACAUGGACCACAUAUACGCAUUACCCAGAUUUUCCAAUCCCAACCUACUUUGACGAUUACCUCACAUUGUUCCCAGCCAAUACUACAAUAAAGCAUACUAUAUGGGCUUUGAAAGGGAUUUUACAUGGGGUUCUGUUCUACCACUGUAGUGAUACAAGUGAUGGGACAGGUGCUAUAUUCAGGGAAGAAACUCACUUUCGUGUAUCGAAGUUGUUCCCUUAUGCCUCUGAGGGAGUCAUAACCUACCACAUUGAUGCUAUACAUAGAGUUAAACGCGUGAUGGAAGAGAAGGCGGGAAUCUCAAAUGAAUGACAGUUACUACGCCAAUGACAGCUUGAUUUGCUCUAACUGAAGCAAUGUUGGCCUAGUUGUUUGACAUUUUCUUAAGUUACACGCCUUCCAAUAAUAAAUAGACUGUAUACAAGAAUCAAACUCAAAGAGGAAGCGAUAUCGAGACUAAAUUUGACUGAACGGGCAAAAUUUGGGGAAUUUUGAGAAUGUUACGGAAACUGCCGUCAUCGUUAUUGUUACUACCCAAAAAUGAUAUGAAAACAACCCCAAAUUUAUAUCCUAUCGUAUAUAUGUAGUGCAUGAAAUUGCUGAGUGUGUUAAUUUUGAUAAAUAUGAUUCAGAUGAUUCCAUUUGUUGGUUUAACGAAAAAUUGUAUUUUCGGAAUGGUACAUGUAGCUCAUCCAUUCAUAAACUAUCCCCAAGUGUAAAACUUCACGGAAACACCACGAAACAAUUUCUUGUUUUCACACUGCUAGAAACUUGUACUUAUUAGCAUGGGUUUUUAAGUGUUGAAUGCAAUCAUUUUAAUACUCAUCGUUUGGGCCUUGGGAAUUGAAGAUGAGCUCAUAUUUUCUGCGAUGUACUUUGCAAUUCUCCGAGGCCCCUCUUGUAGUUUAUUUUAAAAUACAAUCAUUGGUUCAUUGCUCCCCAUGCGACACUUGUUUGUACAUUACCAGUUUUACAAUACAAUUUUGCCAGCUAUACAAGCUCCAAAUUAAAUUAUGUUACGUCAUUUUAUCCUCUA